AUGGACAUAUAUUCCAUCUUGUUCCCAACUCCUGGCUGGCCUAGUGCCGUAUUUUAUGUUAUGUCUAUUAUCACUAUUCCUUUGUAUAUUCUUGUUCUCAUUUGCCUUUUGAGAAUACGAUGUGUUUCGAAAACCUACAACAACACUUUUUAUACUAUUAUGUUACAACAUAAAUCUCAAUCAGCUCCGAAGCUUCUCAUAAUUCUUGUCUACUGGCUAGUACCAAUCCUUAUCAGUUUAACGUUAAUGAAAAACGGAUACUUGAAGUACAAUAGUUUGGAAACAAUGGGAGUGAUAGGAGAGAAAGAGGUUCUUCAGAGAAACACUCUAAUUGCUCUAAUCGUUGUCAGCAUAACAUGCAUUUUAUGUUCUCUAGCCUACUGUGGUUUAUAUUUCUUUAUCAAAAAGCAUUCUGAACAUCUCCAGAAAUCCUUGCGUCACGAAAUCUCUCUCGCAAUUCAAGUAUUCAUCCUGCUCAUUGCAUUCUUCGCUAUUCAAAUCUACUACGUGGUGCAGAAUCACUUUUCACAGACUCAAAAUACAGGACCAAUUUUCUACAUGCGCGGCAUUUAUCCAAUGUUCAACGGAUUCCUUUCCUACAUCAACCCGUAUUGCAUUUUAAUUUUGAAUAAGGAUUUUGCAAAACAUGUGUGGAAAUCAGUGACUUGUAGAGGAGAAUUGGAAGUGAGUGAUGCUCCGGCUUCUGUAAUUCCCCAUAACUGCAUCCUACCUAUGACACAAACAAGGGAAUUGAGUAAAGUCGAUUUUUGA